CCCCCCAAUUCUCCUCAACGCAGCUCCAACUCCUGCGAAAUACGCUAUGGGAAUUCGGGACCCUCGACUUUGAAUUCUACUUCCCGAACAAGAAGCCAGCCGCUGAUGAGGUUUUUGCGGCAUUGGUCGACUCGGAGAAGCUUUUGCCGCUAAUUGAAAUAAGGCGCCAGGGCGACAAGAUCAGGCUAAACAUCUUCGACGAGGACAACGUCACCUCACACGAAGUUGAUGAUACCCCAAAAUUCACCCUAACCUUCAAAAUGGAUCUGAACAACGUGACGACGCUCUCCAUUGGCGACACCUUCAUCUCGUGCCUAAAUCCACUCCCCACGGCGGCCCAUAAUUUGGAGGCCGUGGCCAGCAGUUCUUAUCUGGAGCUGGCCGUUCGGGUGCCAAUUUCCGGGAAUUCCCGCAUAUCCCCAGCACAAUGCCAAUUAGGCGCACGUCAACAAACACAGGACUUGAAGCGAUAUUGUAAAUAUGAUACGUUAUUCUACGAAUCCGGUGCUACGUUCCAGCCUGGGACAUGCGAAAACUGUUUGUGCGAGAAUGGGAGUGUCACUUGUAAAUUUGAGUCCCCGGUCCCAUGUGACGACACGACCCCCGAAUGGCUUCGCGGCUGUUGCAAUAUUGUGGAAAAGAGGGAUUUUUGCGCCAAGAACCCCUGUUCACCAAAUGCAAAUUGCACGAAUCUGAUCGAUCGGGCGGAUUGUGCUUGUAAGGAGGGCUUCAUCGGUGACGGCUUCAAAUGCGAAGACAUCGACGAGUGUUUAUUCAACGAUGAGGCAAAGGCACAGCUUGGUGGAUGCCUCGUCGGGACUGCCUGCGUAAACCUGCCGGGUUCCUUCAAAUGUGAAUGUCUUCCGGGGCAUCAAAGAAUGGACGAGCGGCUGUGCUUGGACGUGAUUAGAAUU